UUGCGCAGCUCCUGUACCUUUAAAUCCAAGGAGCUUGCGCUGAGACACAGAGAGAGAGAGAGAAAGGGAGGGAGGCAGAGAGGAGAGCUUGAGAGAGCGAGAAGAGCUAGGAUCUGUUCCUCUUAAUAAGCAAGAUUGACAUCCUUUUGGGAAGAAGAAGGCGGCAGCGAAGGGGAAGCGAGCUGGGGGAUGCCAAGGGGCUGCCACCCGCCUCCCAGCCUGGAGCUACAACAAGCCAUCACCCAUCCUCUUUUUGCAUUCUUCCUUCUGCAUCUUUUUCCCUUUGGCGGAGAGGAGCCAACAGGAGAUCCAACCCAUCCACCCUCUUUUUGCAUCCUUGCUCCUGCAUCUUCUCCAUCCGCAGAAGGGGCCAAGCCCUUCUCCAAGGAGCCCCCCAAAAUGUGCAGGGGGCCUAACAAAGGAGGAGUGAGUGGGGAGUGAGUGAGUGGGAAAGACCAGUGGGGCGAAAGCCUUCAAGGGUUGGGGGUGAGGGUGGGUUGGGGUCCAAGAAAGGAUGCGCCCAUCUCCGCCUUGCAUGUACGCAGGCAUGUAUGCAUGCCGAGGUGUGUAGGUGUGCGGCUGUGUGCCGUGCGUGUGCGAUAGAGGAGAUGGCGAUGAGAGGGAGCGAAUGUGCGUGAGAUUGAGGCAGUCACAGGCACUGCAUUGCUGCUGUUACAGGAAUCUCCCCAGAAAACACACACACUCUCUCACUCUCUCUCUUGCACACACAGACACACACACACACAUACGCCAAAACCGUCAAGAUGCUGCUCGGGAUUGGACGAGUUGAUCCAUUUCACCAUCAAAACAGCAGCAGGUGGAGGUCACCAAAGGGGAUUUGAGACCUUCCUUUGCCUUGGGUCUAUGGGCAAUCUUGGCUCCUAAGGAUCCUUCUUUUUCCUUCUUCUUCUUUGGCCUCUUCUUCUUCUCGGCCUCCUCCUAUGCUUUCAAAGGAGACCCCUUUGCACCCACAAAGGCCUGGUUUGCUGCUUUCCAUCCUAUCAUCCCUCCUGCUUGGGUUGGAUACAGCAGGAAGGCAAAAGGCCGGACACACAGAAUGUGCAAAGAGCAAGAAUUGACUCCGGCAUCUCUUCGAUUUUGGUGCAUUAUUUAAGGUGGUGUGCUCUUUUCUUGGAUUUUUUGGGGGGAUAUUUUUUGUUUUUGUUUUUGCUGGUGGAUCUCCUCCUCCUCCUCCUUCCCCUACCGCCGCCUUUUUCUUUUCACCUUUUUGAGCAUUUGCAAACCGAGUUACAUGCAUGUCCAGUGGGGGAAGGUUUAAUUUUGAUGAUGGAGGGUCCUAUUGUGGCGGCUGGGAGGACGGCAAGGCGCACGGCCACGGAAUAUGCACCGGCCCCAAGGGCCAAGGCGAGUAUGCAGGCUCCUGGAGCCACGGAUUUGAAGUGCUGGGGGUCUACACCUGGCCGAGCGGGAACACCUACCAGGGCACCUGGGCCCAGGGCAAGCGCCAUGGCAUCGGCCUGGAGAGCAAAGGCAAGUGGGUGUACAAAGGCGAGUGGACGCAUGGAUUUAAGGGACGCUACGGGGUACGCGAGUGCACCGGCAAUGGGGCCAAGUACGAAGGCACCUGGAGCAACGGCCUGCAGGAUGGCUAUGGGACCGAGACCUAUUCCGACGGAGGGACGUACCAGGGCCAGUGGGCCGGCGGGAUGCGCCAGGGCUACGGCGUGCGGCAGAGCGUUCCGUAUGGCAUGGCCGCAGUCAUCCGCUCGCCGCUGAGGACCUCCAUCAACUCCCUGCGCAGCGAGCACACCAACGGCUCAGCACUACACCCGGACUCUUCCCCCGCGGUGGCCGGGAGCCCCGCCGUCUCCCGGGGCGGUUUCGUCCUGAUGGCCCACAGUGAUGCUGAGAUCCUCAAGAACAAGAAGAAGGGCCUAUUCCGCCGGUCCUUGCUGAGCGGGCUCAAGCUACGCAAGUCUGAGUCCAAGAGCUCGCUGGCCAGCCAGCGGAGCAAGCAGAGCUCCUUCCGCAGUGAGGCCGGCAUGAGCACGGUCAGUUCCACGGCCAGCGACAUCAACUCCACCGUCAGUCUUGGCGAAGGGGAGGCCGAGCUCUCCGUCGUCGAGGACGACAUCGACGCCACCACCACCGAGGUCUAUGUGGGCGAGUGGAAGAAUGACAAGCGGUCGGGCUUCGGGGUCAGCCAGCGCUCGGACGGGCUCAAGUACGAAGGGGAGUGGGCCAACAACAAGCGCCACGGCUAUGGCUGCAUGACCUUCCCCGACGGCACCAAAGAGGAAGGGAAGUACAAGCAGAACAUCCUGGUGAGCGGCAAGAGAAAGAACCUUAUCCCCUUGCGGGCCAGCAAGAUCCGCGAGAAGGUGGACCGCGCCAUGGAGGCUGCCGAGCGGGCCGCCACCAUCGCCAAGCAGAAAGCCGAGAUAGCGGCAUCCAGGACUUCCCAUUCGCGGGCCAAAGCGGACGCCGCCGUCACCGCUGCGCAGAAAGCCCAGGAGGAAGCUCGGAUCGCCCGGAUCACUGCCAAAGAGUUUUCGCCUUCCUUCCAGCACCGGGAAAACGGGCUGGAGUGCCAGAGGCCAAAGCGCCAGGCCUCCAACGACGACAUCGAGGUGCUCUCAACGGGGACCCCGCUGCAGCAGGAGAGCCCCGAGCUAUACCGCAAAGGGACCACCCCGUCAGACCUGACCCCGGACGACAGCCCCCUGCAGAGCUUCCCGGCUAGCCCCUCGUCCACCCCGCCCUUGGGCCCCUCCUGCCGCAACAAGAGUGCCCACUUUGCCCGCCAGCUCUGCCUGGACGAGGAGCGGGGUGGCGGGGAGAUCCAGAUGCUGCUGGAAGGCCGUGGAAGGGACUACUUGCGCCCCAACAGCUGGGCCGAAGACAAGGAGGUGGCCGGGGCCCACGGUGUGCGGGGAGGGGUCCUGCGCAGCACCCAGCCUGAAGACCCCCGAUCUCGCAAGCACCUGCCGGCCUCCAACCACAAGCCCCGGGAGCGGUGGGCUGACCCUCCCUCCGCGGUGACGUGGACUCAUCACCGGCCUCACCAUCAUGGUUCGGGUGGCGCCAAGCUGCUGGAUCUGGAUGAGGAGAAGACGAGCAACUACGAGAUGGAGAUGAAGCCUCUCCUGAGGAUGGAUUCCUAUAUGCAAGAGAUGCACGCCCAAAAAAGACACUAUGGCAAAGCCGGGGCUGGACGCAGCCUUGCCGGGGCCGAGGAGCAACAACAGCAUCACCCCGGGGACGAGCGUGGCUUCGGGGUCCAAAGACUGAGGUCCAAGGCCCAAAACAAGGAGAACUUCCGACCCGUUGCUUCUUCUUCUUCGGCCGAGCCGACGGUGCAGAAACUAGACAGCCUGAGGUUCGGGGAGAAAGGGGAGCCCCGGCUCUUGCGGUGGGACUUGACCUGCUCCCCGCCACAGAAAUCCUUACCUGUUGCACUAGAAUCAGAGGAGGAAAAUGGGGACGAGCUCAAAUCCGGCGCGGGUUCGGCUCCCAUCCUUGUAGUCAUGGUGAUCUUGUUAAACAUUGGAGUUGCCAUUUUGUUUAUUAACUUUUUCAUCUAACUCGAGACUGUCUUGUUUGGAAAAAAAAACCCUAAAUAAUAAUAAUUGAAAAUCAUAAUAAAAAAAACCAACAGCAGAUUAAUAAUGGGGGGGAAAACAGCGUACGGACGGACGGGGGAUGAACGAGGCGAAGGGCGAAACUCCACAAGCGAUGAAGGUGGUUCUUCUUUUUGUCCCUUUUUCUUUUUGUCCCUUUCCAUCCUUUGCGCUGUCCUGCGACAACGUCCGAGUCUUUUCACCGACGACAAGAACAAAAAGAGGGAAGACAAAAGAAGAAGAAAAAGGUUGAAUAUCACUCACAGUUUGCCUUUUUAAUUUUCUGUUUUCCCCCCGGUUCCUCGGUAAUGUUUUUUGGAUCCUUAGCCAAAAUUCUUUGCUUGUAUAACACUUUGAUCGCUGUGUGGCAUGGCAGAAUGGUAACGUCCCCGUCUCCUCCUCCCUCCCAAAAACAAGGCAGAAAUGGGAUACGUUUCCCUGGCAAACCUUGGUGGAUGACGGGAUCUGUUGUUUAGGCAGGAUUCUGGAAAAGAAGGGGGAGAACAUUCACAAUUAUGUGCAGUUGCCUCCGGAAAACCCAUUUGGUGUAUCCAGCAACUGACUCGAAUAUUGAGUCCCAAAUUCGAGUCGUUGCAUUAAUUGCGAAGAUUCCCAAACUAUGGUCUUUGAAGUGUUUUGCACUCCAAAUCCCAUAAUCCCUGAUUCUUAACCAAAGCAGCUGAGGAUUCUGAGAGUUGGGACUCUAAACCUUCCAAGGACUAGAGUUUGGGAAUCACUAACUGAAAUAGAUUUCGAUUGGUAACCCUUUCCUUUCCAACUCCAUACAAAGGAAAAUGAAAAAUAUUGACUUUGGCUGCCAUGAAAUGCAUCCAAUUUGGGAGCAUUUUUGCCCCCCAAAUAAAUAUAUAUAUUUAGCACUUGUUCCCAUUCAGAGACCCCCAAAUCCCCAAAUAUAUCCUCUUAUGUUUUGCACCCAAAAUAUGUAUCUACAACAGGAGAAAAAUUGCACAUAACCGCCCCAGUCCUGUUGGUGCCUUAUGCAUGUCUUGAGUUUCCCUAUAGAAGAUAUUGAAUAUUUUUGCCUAUAUUCAGGGUUAUGGAAGGAGGGUUUGCGCACGUGAGGACACAUGUCCAUAGGUUGCAUUGCCCACACAUAUGCGUACAGUUCUGCAUUUAGUUGUGCAAUGUUGUAAUUUAUUUAAUGCAGGUGAGUAUCUCAUGCUUAAAGUCCCUCUCCAAAAUAAAAUUAUAGGUCUGGGUGGCAAUCCUAUGCCCAUAGUUCCGCCCAACAUCCUCCUUUAUGAUACAUAUAAUCAUAGACUUGAAAGAGACCCCCAAAGGCCAUCUAGUCCAACUCAUUAUGUCAAGGAGGAAGACACAAUCCGAUCCCUCCUGACAGAUGGUCAUCCAAUCUCGGUUUAGAAAUCUUCAGAGGAGACUCAACCGUAAAGCAAAAUGUCUCUUGCUAAUGUUCAAGUACAGUCUCUUUUCCUGCCAUUUGAAGCCAUGGCUCCAUUGCAUCCUAGUCUCUGGAACAGCAGAAAACGAGCCUCAGUGUGACACCUUUUCAGCUACGAAAGGCAUUCCUUAAAGAUUUCCCCUUACCCACUUGGCCCAGUUCUGAGUCCUUCUCUCCAUGGGUGCCACCUUGGGACACACACUUCUCCCAUCUUUUUAAGCAGCUGUAAACACCUCGCUUGUAGAAGUCGACAGGUUGCUCCAAAGCCAUGUUGUGACUUCGGAAAUCAGAGUCUCAUCAUCUGAAAAAUGCUUGCCCUUAAAAAAUAAAUUCCUUGUUGGAAAGAGGUGGAAAUCCGAUGGUGCGAGGUCGGGUGAAUCAAGGGAAUGCAGUCGAAUUCCAAAGCCACAAGAGCAUGCUUUUUCCAUUUGGGCAACAGGUGAGUUGUGAAUGGGUACAUUGUCUUGCAGAAGGCGGUCACCUUUGGUGAACAUGCCACAUUGUCUCUUGGUUUGGAUAGCCUCUCACAAUUUCCUCAGCAGUGAAGCCUAGUAUGCUCCAGUGGCCAUGGUCCCCUUUGCUAGGAAAUCCAUUAAUGCUACUCUGCUGGUUCCAAAAUCCUGUGAGCAAGAGUUGGGCAUAGGUCUUUGGAGGCAGUGAGUCAGGAUGCUUCCAUGGCAUAGACUGGACUUGAGUCUCGGGAUCAGAGUGAUGGACCCAGCUUUCAUCCUGUGUAGUCAAUCUGUUGAAAAAGUCCUCCUGGUUUCCAUGGCACAUCAUUGUCAAGAGAGCCUGAGAGCCUUCAACUAGUUCCUGCUUCUGGAAAGGUGUGAGCAACCAGUGGGCCCAGAGAGCGGAGACCUUAUGCAUGUGAAGAUGUUCUUGGGUGGUUUUUUCCACAGACCCACACUCAUCUUGACAUUUUGGACUAGGUGGUGAAUGGUUACAUAGCCAUUUUCCAAAAUGGCCACCUCCACUUGCUGGAUGGUGUGUUCAUCAAUAUCAGAGUGGGUCUUCCCUGGAAUUGGAGCUGUUUGCACCGAAGUCCAACCACAUUGGAAUUGACGAUGCCAGUUCUUGACUCAAUCCUAUGAUGGGGAAUCAUCACCAGAAAACUCUUUCAUCUCAUCAAACAUCUCCUUUGAUGUGUGGCCUUUCAAGGAAAAGGACCUGAGGACUGCUCUGUCUUCCACUGGGUCCAUUCUCAAACCUCACU